AGCCCAUUUGACAAAAAAUUAAACGUGUUCUCUUCCUCAUCUGUCACCUUUCAUAUACUCCACUUUUUCCCUCUUUAUAAUUUCUUGAUUCCUCCAUAAUCUCAAUCCUUUUUCCAAUUUCUCUCCUUCUGAAAUCCAAUCGAAUUGAAUUAUCAAGCAAUAAUCAUAAUCAUAAUCACAAUCAAAUUCAAAUAUAAUUGAUGCAUAAUUUGAAAUCACGAUCGACUUAGGGUUUAGCGAUUCCGAUUUAAUUUUUUGUUUUCAGUUUUCACCUCCAUUUUUGAGUUUUUAGUGUUAGGCUUACGCAAAAAUGGGUGGAGAUUGGCAGCAGCUUUUGCAAUCAAUUUUCAUUGGAUUAAUAUUCUCGUUUCUUCUCGCGAAGUUGAUAUCUUUCGUCACUGCAUUUCGAGAAGAAAAUCUCACAAUUGCCCGUGCAUCAAGCACUGAGACGGCGACUCAAUUACCUCCACUAAGCUCGCGUCAUGUUCGGAAACCGUCAGUUCAAUCGGAGCCUGAAUCGACGGUAUCGGAAGGAGAAUUGAGUGAAAUUGCGUCGAGAAUUAGUGACGAUAACACUUCGAUUAUAGCUGAGAAAGGGAGUGUGACUGCUGGUGAUGCAUUUUUAGAUGAUGUUGUUACUGAUGAUGAUGAUUGGGAGGGUGUUGAGAGUACUGAACUUGAUGAAGCUUUUAGUGCUGCUACCGCUUUCGUCGCUGCAUCUGCAGCUGAUAAAAUGGCAACUAAAGUUGGGAAUGAUGUCCAACUUCUGCUUUAUGGUUUGUAUAAGAUUGCUACUGAAGGUCCUUGUAGUAUGCCCCCGCCUCCCUCCUUUAAGAUGACUGCUAGAGCUAAAUGGAAUGCCUGGCAAAAAUUGGGAGCCAUGCCUCCUGAGGACGCAAUGCAGAAGUAUAUUGAUAUUGUGACAGAACUAUUUCCUUCUUGGGCAAGUGGUGGCGCAGAUAAAGCCAAAGGUGAAGAUACUGAGGGGAAAAGCUCAGAAUCUAGGGGACCUAUGGGACCAGUUUUCAGCAGUUUUAUUCACGAGGAAGAAUCUGGAGUUGAAUUGAAAAUGGAUGCUAUUCAUGCCUUUGCGAGAGAAGGUGAUCUAGAAAAUUUGCUUAAAUGUAUUGAGAAUGGCAUUUCGGUGAAUCUGAAAGAUAGUGAAGGCCGGACUCCAUUGCAUUGGGCAGUUGAUCGUGGCCAUCUUCCUGUCAUAGAAUUGCUUUGUAUCAAGGAUGCAGAUACAAAUGCUAAGGAUAAUGAAGGACAAACUCCAUUGCAUUAUGCAGUUGUUUGUGAUAGAGAAGCCAUAGCCGAAUACCUCGUGAAGCAUGGUGCCGAUUCUAAUGUCAAAGAUAACGACGGUGCAUCCCCGAGUGAGCUCUGUGAGAAAAAUUGGCCAUGGAUGCAACCUACAGGUGAAGUGGUUGAGUAAUGGGUUCUUUGUUGGCUGUCCUAGACUCCCACUUUCACUUAUUAAAUCGAUUAGAAACUCCCGUAUGGAUUUGUACAUGCUAUGUAUUAUCAACCAUGGUCCUGUUUUGUCAUGAAGAUGUGUUGAUAUAGGUCAUCUUUUAAUUUAUUUCAAGUGUUUAAAUAAUUCUUUGACUGCAAUAUCUGAAGGAAAGGUUAUUUUAGAUUUAUAUAAUUUCAUUGUCGGUGUACAUAAUUUGUUACAUCAUGUAUUGUCAACCAUGGCUUUUUUGGCUUUUUUUAUUUGACUUUUAGCAUUUGACUUUUUCAUUGAUCAAGUAGAUAUUUAAGUA